AUUGUCAUUUCCCUCUUUCACGCAGUGUAGGCUGCCAGCAAAUCUAAAAGGCCUGAGACUGAGGCCCGGGUCCAGUGUGGGAAAGAUGAACUCCUGUAACACCACCAUCAGGCGGCUGCUGUCUGGGCUCUUUCUGUUCGUGUUGGCCUCGAGCUACAACCUGGACGUGAGGCACGUGCAGGAGUUCUCCUCCCCACACGCGGGGAGGCACUUCGGGUAUCGAGUUCUGCAGGUUGGAAACAGGGUUGUCGUAGGAGCGCCAGGUGAGGGGAACAGCACUGGAGGCCUCUAUCAAUGCCAGCUUGGCCGGAAACACUGUCUUUCAGUUAGCCUGAGUGGUUCCAACUAUACUUCCAAGUACCUGGGAAUGACCUUGGUGGCAGACCCCACACAUGGAAGCCUUUUGGCCUGUGAUCCUGGGCUGUCUCGGACAUGUGACCAGAAUACUUAUCUGAGUGGCCUCUGUUACCUGUUUCCCCCAAAUCUGGGGGGACCUGUGCUGCAAGGGCGUCCUGGCUACCAAGAAUGCAUCAAAGGCAAAGUGGACUUGGUAUUUCUGUUUGAUGGCUCCCGGAGCUUACAACAAGGUGAAUUCCAGAAAAUUGUGGACUUCAUGAAAGAUGUGAUGAGGAAACUCAGCAACACGUCUUACCAGUUUGCUGCUGUUCAAUUUUCCACAUCCUACAAAACGGAAUUUAAUUUCUUAGAUUAUGUUAAACUGAAAGACCCUGAUGUGCUGCUCGCCAGUGUAACCCACAUGGGCCAAUUGACCAACACCUUUGGUGCCAUCAACUACGCCGUGACGCAGGUGUUCCGGCCAGAGCUGGGGGCCCGGCCAGAUGCCACCAAAGUGCUCAUCAUCAUCACUGACGGCGAGGCCACUGACACUGGUAACAUUGAUGUGGCCAAAGACAUCAUCCGCUACAUCAUUGGGGUUGGAAGGCAUUUUAAGACCGCAGAGAGUCAGGAGACACUGCACAAAUUCGCCUCCAAACCCAUAGAGGAGUUUGUAAAGAUUCUGGACACAUUUGAGAAGCUGAAAGAUCUGUUCACAGAGCUGCAAAGGCGGAUCUAUGACAUCGAGGGCACCAGCAGACGGGACCUGACAUCCUUCAACAUGGAGCUGUCAUCCAGCGGCAUCAGCGCAGACCUCAGCAAGGGCCAUGGUGUCGUGGGGGCAGUUGGAGCCAAGGACUGGGCCGGGGGCUUUCUGGACCUGAAGGAAGACCUUCAGGAUGCCAUGUUUGUUGGGAAUGAACCCCUGACACAAGAAGCAAAAGAGGGUUAUUUGGGCUACACAGUGACCUGGCUGCCUUCCCGAGGACCCACAUCGCUGCUGGCAGCCGGAGCCCCCCGUUACCAGCACGUGGGUCAGGUGCUGGUGUUCCAAGAGCCAAAAGAUGGGCAACACUGGAUCCAGGUCCAGAAAAUAAGCGGAACCCAGAUUGGCUCUUAUUUUGGUGGGGAGCUGUGUAGCAUUGACAUGGACCAAGAUGGAGAGGCAGAGCUGCUGCUGAUCGGAGCCCCCUUCUUCUAUGGGGAGCAAAGAGGAGGCCGAGUGUUCAUCUACCAGAGACAACAGCUGAAGUUUGAGAUGGUCUCAGAACUGCAGGGAGAUCCUGGCCACCCCCUUGGGCGCUUUGGAGCCACCAUCAGUGUCCUGACAGACAUCAACGGGGAUGGACUGAUGGAUGUAGCCGUGGGAGCUCCGCUGGAGGCACAGGGGACUGUGUACAUCUUCAAUGGGCAGCAUGGUGGGCUCAGCCCCUAUCCAAGUCAGCGAAUAAAAGGGUCCCAAAUACUGCCAGGAAUUCAGUGGUUUGGACGCUCCAUCCAUGGGGUGAAGGAUCUUGGAGGGGAUGGCCUGGCAGAUGUGGCUGUAGGGGCAAAGGGCCAGGUGUUUUUGCUGAGCUCCCGGCCCGUGGUGGACAUCGUCACUGAGAUGGCCUUCUUCCCAGCCGAGGUCCCGGUGCACGAGGUGGAGUGUUCCCACCUGGACAGUCCCAAGAAGAAGGAAGGCGUUAAUCUCACAGUCUGCUUCCAGAUGAAACUUCUCAUGCCCCAGUUCCAAGGUCGCCUGCUUGCCAAUCUCACCUACACCUUGCAGCUGGAUGGACAGCGGACCAGGAGCCGGGGGAUGUUUCCUGGAGGCGGAAACCAUCUCAGCGGGAACACAGCUGUCACCCCAACCAAGUCCUGCCAGAAAUUCUGGUUUUACUUCCCAGUCUGCAUUCAAGAUCUCAUCUCCCCCAUCAAUGUCUCUCUGAAUUUCUCUCUGUUGGAGGACGAAGGGACACCAGGGAGCCCAAGGAUGAUCAAAGACAUGCAGCCCAUCCUGAGACCCUUGCCACAUUCAGAGGUCCUGGAGAUCCCUUUUGAGAAGAACUGUGGGGAGGAUAAGAAGUGUGAAGCGAAUUUGGCGCUGUCCUUGCCCGCUAGAUCCAUAUUCCUGCCUCUGACACCCUCCGCCAGCCUGGCUGUGGAAUGGCUGCUGAGUAACCAGGGAGAAGAUGCCUAUUGGGUCCAGCUGGUCCUGGAGUUCCCAAGUGGCCUCUCCUUCCGCAAGGCAGAAGCGCUGAAGCCACACAGCCAGGUACCUGUGAGCUGUGAGGAGGGUCCUGAGGAAGGCAGGCUCCUGACCAGGGCGCUCUCAUGCAACGUGAGCUCUCCCAUCUUCAAAGCAGGCAGCUCGGUUGGUGUCCAAGUGAUGUUUAACACCCUGAUGAACAGCUCCUGGGGGGACUUCGUUGAGCUACGUGGCACUGCGCAUUGCCGGAAUGAGGACGCAGGUCUCCUGGAGGACAACUCGGCCACCACCCACAUCCCUGUCCUGUACCCCAUCAACAUCCUCGUUGAAGACCAGGAAAACUCCACACUGUACAUCAGCUUCACCCCCAAAGGUCCCAAGAUCCACCAAGUACAGCAUAUCUACCAGGUAAGGAUUCAGCCUUUUCUCCACGACCACAGCAUGCCCCUCCUGGAAGCCUUGGUGAGGGUGCCACAGCCAGAUAGCGAUGGGCCCAUCACUCACACCUGGAGAGUACAGAUGGAGCCUCCUGUUACCUGCUUUCCUGAGGACCUGCAAAUACCGGUCAAUGCAACUGAGUCUUGUCUCCCUGGAGCCCAGUUCCGCUGCCCAGUAGCCUUCCGGCAGGAGAUCCUUGUGCAUGUGAUCGGCACCGUGGAGCUGGUGGAGGAGAUCGAGGCCUCCUCCAUGUUCAGCCUCUGCAGUUCCAUCUCCAUCUCCUUCAACAGCAGCAAGCAUUUCCAUCUGUACGGCAGCAAGGCUGCCCAGUCCCAGGUCCUCAUGAAGGUCGAUGUGGUGUACGAGAAGUCAAUGCUCCAUAUCUACGUGCUGAGUGGCACUGGUGGGCUGCUGCUGCUGCUACUCAUUUUCCUGGUGCUCUACAAGGUUGGAUUCUUCAAGCGGAACCUGAAGGAGAUGAUGGAGGCUGAUGGAGGCGUCCCAAAUGGAAUCCCUGCGGAAGGCUCUGGGCCUCUGGUGGAAUCUGAGAAAGCCAUGGAUCUGGACUGUCUAAGGCCCCUCCAUGAGGGUGAGGCCCAGGAUGGAGAUCACAAGGACUGAAGUGGAGACGUGAUACACAUAGAACCCAGGGCUGGACUGGCUAAACCGGGGGGCUGCUCAGCCUCAGCCUGCACCUCACUAUGUGUCCUUCCCCCUUUGCCUCAGUUUCCCUGUCUUGAGCAUGGAGCUCAUCCCUGCCUGCAUCCUCUGCAGGUACAUGGUGAGAUUCUACGGGGGGGGGG